AUGCCCGGGAAACCGCCCCUUUAUACUGAUUUAAAUUCGAUAUUGUCUAUUAACUUGAUAUUUGAUAUUUCAGAUGACAGACAAAUGUGGGAGUGGGACCCAUAUGAAACAUCUCAGAAAAGAGAUUUUAUUUAUCGACCCAGUUCAUCAACACCAGUUUUACCGUAGGCCUGAAAAGAUUAUUGACUAUUCAUGAAUUAAUUUCCAUUUCAUUAUAUUGUUUAUAUUAUUCACAUUUAGGCUAUGGCUUACUAUACAUUUUCCCCAUUUGUGAAAUCCUUUUCAGUCCUACAACGACAAGAGCCUAUAUAAACUCCUAUGCUCUAGCAGGUCCUGUGGGCGCCACUGUGUACAAUGAGGAAUUCUGUUGGAAGCCAGCCGCUAAACCUGACAGCAUUCGCACAGGAUCAGCCUCUGGGAACAGGAGGAACAACCCACAUCCCAGUCAGGUACAGAGCCACAUCCACACUCAAUCCUCUGGACAUGAAGUAUUUAGUAAAGUCCCAGUCUGCUGUCCCCACUUGCUUCAAGAUGUCCACCAUUGUUCCUGUACCCAAGAAAGCAAAGGUAACUGUACUAAAUGACUAUCGCUCCGUAGCACUCACUUCUGUCAUCAUGAAGUGCUUUGAGAUUCUAGUUAAGGAUCUUAUCACCUCUACCUUACCUGACACCCUAGACACACUUCAAUUUGCUCACCGCCCCAAAAGAUCCACAGACGAUGCGAUCGCCAUCGCACUACACACUGCCCUAUCCCAUCUGGACAAGAGGAAUACCUAUGUAAGAGUGCUGUUCAUUGACUAUAACUCAGCCUUCAACACCAUAGUACCCUUCAAGCUCAUCAUUAAGCUCGGGGCCCUGGGUCUGAACCCUGCCCUGUGCAACUGGGUCCUGGACUUCCUGACGGGCCACCCCCAGGUGGUGAAGGUAGGAAACAACACCUCCACUUCGCUGAUCCUCAACACUGGGGCCCCACAAGGGUGCGUGCUCAGCCCCUCCUGUACUCCCUGUUCACCCAUGACUGCGUGGCCAAGCACGCCUCCAACUCAAUCAUCAAGUUUGCAGACGACACAACAGUGGUAGGCCUGAUUACCAACAAUGAUGAGACAGCCUACAGGAAGGAGGUGAGGGCCCUGGUGGAGUGGUGCCAGGCAAAUAACCUCUCCCUCAACGUCAACAAAACAAAGGAGCUGAUCGUGGACUUCAGGAAACAGCAGAGCGAGCACGCCCCUAUCCACAUCGACGGGACCGCAGUGGAGAAGGUGGAAAGCUUCAAGUUCCUCGGGCUGACAAUCUGAAAUGGUCCACCCACAUAGACAGUGUGGUGAAGAAGGAGCAACAGAAAUUUGGCUUGACCCUCAGAAACUUUUACAGAUGCACAAUUGAGAGCAUCCUGUCGUGCUGUAUCACCGCCUGGUACGGCAACUGCACCGCACACAACCGCAGGGCUCUCCAGAGGGUGGUGCGGUCUGCCGAACGCAUCACCGGGGGCAAACUACCUGCCCUCCAGGACACCUACAACACCCGAUGUCACAGGAAGGCCAAAAAGAUCAUCAAGGACAUCAACCACCCGAGCCACGGCCUGUUCACCCCGCUAUCAUCCAGAAGGCGAGGUCAGUACAGGUGCAUCAAAGCUGGGACCGAGAGACUGAAAAACAGCUUCUAUCUCAAGGCCAUCAGACUGUUAAAUAGCCAUCACUAGCCGGCUACCACCCGGCUAGUCAACCCUGCACCUUAGAGGCUGCUGCCCUAUAUGCAUAGACAUGGAAUCACUGGCCACUUUAAUAAUGGAACACUAGUCACUUUAAUAAUGUCACUUUAAUAAUGUUUACAAACUGCUUUUCCCAUCUCAUAUGUAUAUACUGUAUUCUAUUCUACUGUAUUUUAGUCAAUUCCACUCAGACAUUGCUCGUCCUAAUAUUUAUAUAUUUCUUAAUUCCAUUAUUUUAUUUUUAGAUUUGUGUAUUGUUGUGAAUUGUUAGAUACUACUGCACUGUUGGAGCUAGGAACACAAGCAUUUCGCUGUAUGUGACCAAUACAAUUUGAUUUGAUUUGAUAUAAAAAAAAAUCCUAAGAGUGCAGGGUGCCAUCUGUGAAGCAUCCCUGUUAUUACUACGUUCUUAUUAUUGUACCUGCCACGACUUCCUCCGAAGCUGCCUCCUUGCCUUGUUCAGGCAGGCUUCGGCGUUCGUCGUCACCGGUCUUCUAGCCACUGCCGCUCCUCAUCUCAUCAUUCCAUUUGUUUUGUCUUGUUUAUUACACACACCUGGUUUCAAUUCCCCUCACCAGUACCUGUAUAAGUGUUCCCUCUGCCCCCUUGUCUUUGUGUGUGAUUGUUUAUUUUGGAGGUUAGUUUAGCUCGGUGGAGCGCUUGUAUUUUGUAUCGCCGGGAUAUUCACCCGUGUGCCUUGUUGUUUCCAGUGCGCUGUAUAUUUCCGCACUUGAGUGUUUGACGCAUUGCUGCGUACCGCUGUGUCAACGGAAUAAUCCUGUUAUUCUGUGAUUUACCCUCCUGUGCCUGACUCCUUCAAAUCACAUCACCACAGUCCCUCUAUCCUUAAUUACUUAUAAUUCUAAACUCUUUAGGCAGCGAUGUAUUGUAUGAAAGGUGCUAAACAUUAUAAAUGUUUUCCAGUCAUUCAUGGUGUGGCGACUUCCCAAGGGCCUGAAGCAGAGCUCUGCAUGUGGUUGGUCCCCCUGGAAAAGUCCUCCUUUUGAGGAAGAGAUCCGAAACGCUCUGACUGCCCAGUACCGGUCCACCUACCAAACUGACUACCUGGGCAUGCCUCAAGGUAGAGAGACCAGGGGGCAUAUCUGUCAAUCAUCUUAGAGUAGGAUUGCUGAUCUAUGAUCAGGUUCCCCCCCUCUCCGUGUAAUCUUAUUCAUUAAGUUGUAAAAGGCUAAACUGAUCCUAGAUCAGCACUCCUACCCCGAGAGGCUUUAUGAAUAUAGGCUCUGAUCUGUGUCUGAAAUUAUACCCACACAACUUUUGUCCAGAGCCACACCCUGUUUCGAAGUACUGGUUGUUUCAAAGUUCUCCCCACCAUGAGUAUCUCUAUGACAGAGUAUGAUACUGUAAUAAUAUACAUUACAUUACAUUACAUAUCUAAUAUAUGUAGGCUUACAGAAACUGUAAGGGGAAAAAAACAACUAUAGGUGGCUCAAACUGAAGACGGAACCCCCCCCAAAUAAAUAUUUACCAGGAUUCAAUCAAUCAAUCAAUCAAUCAGAUAGGGCUAUUCCUGAUAGCAGAAGUGUUUUUUAAUUGUACUGCACAUAAUAUAAUUAUCAGUGAAGUUGCAUGCACUAGAUGACUUCUCAGCCAGGUUUGUGUCCGAACUUAACAGGUCUUGCCAUGUAACGGUUCAGUUUCGAAAUAACUCUUCUGUGGAACUAAAGCGCAAUUCUGAAAGCGCUAUCUGGAAACCAUUACCUGCAAUUGAUUGAAUCCCGGUAAUUAUGAGUUUUGGGGGGUUUUGUCUUUGAGCAUUAGACAGCAGAACAACUUCACUCUAGUUGUUUGUUUCCCCUUACAGCGUUCCCCUUACAACUUUUCUCUUGUACACUUCCGUCUUUUUACAGGACUUCAGUUGAACCACCCGAUUCUCGCUCCGCUGAACCACAAACGCCAAGUCCCUCACUGCACGCACACAGAGAUGAGGCACAACUACCGCCAGCCCAGGCAACAGUCUGAACUGCAGGGCAACAUGUCUCGCUACGGCAGUAACGCACUGCACGGCGUGGCCCCCAAGGGUAUAGGUAAGUUAUGGGCUGCCUGGCUGCAUCCUAUGAGUAGAGUGAAGUUGCCCCUAGACAGUGAUCUUGAGUCAGUUUUGUAUUUUCCCCACUAAUCGUUAAGGUUAGGAUUGGGGGAGGGGAAGCUGAUCCUAGAUCUGUACCUAGUGGAAACACGAGCCAUCCUAUAAGGCAGUGGUGGCCACUGAUUGGCUGAAUACCCGGGGCACGAGGUGCUUGGAGUUGUCAACAAAGCAGCAUGACAGAAAUAUGAUGCCAAGUUUUUGAACUACCAGUAGUUUCUUUGAGAAGAUAUAUAAAGCGAUCUGUGCAUUUGAACAACAGCAUAAAUACACCUAUUUCACUUUUGCAUGUCAAAAACUGAAUGACCACUGCUGCACAUGCUGCCACUGUUUUCAACAGAUUAGAUUAUACUAUUUAGAACGAGCAGUCAGCUCACUUCACUUCAUGGACCAGUGCACUAGGGAGAACGCAACAAGCAUACAGAUGCAAUAAGUGAAAACACAUUAUCUAACUGGAGAUAGCUAGCUAACAUAAUGUCACAAAGCAUGAUGCGCUAGCCAGUUAAUUUUCAUUCUGAAAUAACUUCAUAUUUCCGAUUUAGUCAGAUAUUCGUUUAGAAAGUAUUGAAAUCGGCAUAGGAGCUAACUAACUAGAAAGCUAUAGCUAGCUAGCUGCUUAUCAGAGGUAGAUAACUGGUUAAUUUGACCAAAAAAUCUAAUUGUUUCUCAAGAUUACUGUAGCUGGCUAAUUAAUUUGAUAAUGCUUUGUGAAUCAUCCGGUUUUCUGCUGUUUUAGUCCACACAACAUGUUGCCCUAUCACCUACAGUAGAACCUGAUGAACAACAUGGGGGGAAACAAUCAAAUUGUCCAUGCUUUUUUGUCCUACCAGAUCCGCGAUGAGAAAGUUCUAGCUAGUUUAUCCCUCUGUCCUUUGACUCUUGUUGGAGGUAGUUGUCCGGUUUAUCAGGUCCCAGGCUCCCAUGACUAUUACGAUGAUUUAUUUACAAGUUAAUUAUUGCUUUUUGCUUUAGCGCCGUCUGUACCUGAUAGACCAGAUCUAGUCUCACGUGCAGAAGUAAGCCGUCUGGCACGAGAGACUCAUUUGAAUUGCAGCAAAUGUGCUUUAAAACUGCUAAAUGAUCUAUAUGACCCAUGACAAAAUGUGUAGGAAAUUAACUCUAAAAUGCACAAGGUGGGGCCCCCCCCAACAAAAUGUAGCCUAGGACCUCCAACAGGCGAGGGCUGGCUCUGACUGCAUGUGUGGGUAUGAAUGUUGGUAUGCAGACUGUGGUCCCUCAUGAUGAGUUCGGAUUUUUUGUGGCCCCCACCCCCAUCAAAGUUGCCCAUCCCUGAUAUACGGAAUAGGGUGCCAUUUAAUAUUUUCCCACGCUGCACAAUGUUGCUCAUGGCUUAACUCAGGGGUAAAAUACCUACCUGGCUAAUCACUUAGAGCUCUCAGUGUAUCUCUCACCCCUUUCUGUUCCAGUUCCUACUGUUGUUCAUGGUCACAUCCACAACCAGGAGAACAGGUCCCAGUUGACCACCUACGACAGACACUUUGGAGGGAAAACGACUGAUGUCUCGGCCGUGCUCCGCUCUCUACAACCCCAAGUGCUCCAGCAGUUCUGCAGACAUCUACCUGACAAAGGUGAGCUAUGGACUCUUAUUAUCAACUCUGACCCUAUACUCCUAGUUACAAAUCACUUCCCUGUUUGGUUGCUUGAAGUUGCCAAUAAAUGCUGAUACUGGGUCAGUUUUGCAUUUUCCCCACUAAUGGUUAAGGUUAGGAUUGGGGCAGGGGAAUCUGAUCCUAGAUCUGUACCUAAGGGAAACUUCACCCUGUAUUUAUGUUGACUGAUGUGUUGUUGUGUUUACAGAUAAGGAGGUUGUGCAGACAUUUUUGCACCGAGCGCCCCCUGUCGGCCAGGUGAAGAGAGGGCCAAAGCCACAUGUCCUCCCUCCUGCGUUGUCCAGGUCAGAGUGGACGUCUGA